UGCAGUGAGAGCGGUGCAUCUGGAAGCGAGCUGGCCGGCUGGGGAGGUGGAGGACGGGGAGAGAAGAGGAAGGAGGCUCCGGGAGCAAGCGAGACAAAAAAGGGUCAGGCCUGGGACUUGGGAAAAAUCGGGAGAGAGGAGGGAUCAUCUCUCAUACCUUAUUUUGAGUUCUUUUGAGUUUUCGUUUCACCUCACCCAACAUCACCCAUCAUCAGACAUUUCCCAUAAGACCCUUCAACGAUGCCGUCCAACACUGUCACCAACACCAACACAGCUGCAUUCAAAAGCCCAGACUACAUGGACUCACCAGGAAACAGAAUGGGUGAAAGCACAAUACUGGACAGGGAUCUGAUGAAAGAGGAGAAGUCAGCUAAAAGUAGUGCCUCAUUCAAAGUCAGCAAGCCUGGAAGAAAACGCAAGCAGUUUCCGGUGGAGAGCUGCGGCUCUCUGAAAGGCAGUGUGAGUGUGGGCAACAGCUACUCGGGGCUGGGUAGGCCGUCCAUGGCACAGGUCCACAAUGGAGAUGUGGGCGGGCACAGGGACAGGACAUCUGAAGCCUGCUUCCCCAAACAGGAGAGGAGGGAAGUGGAGAACGGGAUCCCCAGAGAGCCUUCCUCCUGCCGGGCAGAGGACAGCUCACAGGAUCAGAGCCCGAGCCUGAGCCCGCCCCAGGAGAACGGAUUCCUGCUCAGCCGGGAAGAGCAGGACGCGGAGAAAGACAAGGACGACAGCCUGACGCCUCCGCGCAAGAAAAGAGGGAGGCGGAAACUGGAGCGUCCAACGAAAUAUGUGGAGCACAAGGAGGAGGACGGGCGUGAUGCAGUCAAGACCGAGGGAGGUCGAGGCAGGCUGCGAGGGGGAGUUGGUUGGGAGAUCAGCCUUCGUCAGAGGCCCGUGCCCAGAAUAACCUUCCAGGCUGGUGACCCUUAUUACAUUAACAAGAGGACCAGAGAGGAGUGGCUGGCCAAGUGGAAGAUGGAGGCAGAGAAAAAGGCUAAACUGAUGUCAGCGAUGAAUGCGAUGAAGGAUCACGAGGAGGAGGAGGAGGAGGAGGAGAAUGAAAUAGAAACUCAGAGAGAAGAAGUCUCAAUAAUCAAGCACCCAUCGCCUUCAAGGCAGCAGCUGCAGCCGCCGCCUCAGAUGCACACUCAGUCAAAGCCUCAGUAUCAACAGCAAUCACAGCCGACGCUGCCUCUGCAACAACAAAAACAACAAAAACAACAACAACCACCACAGCAGAAACAUCCACUGCAUCAGCAGUCACCUCAGCAGCAGCAACAGCAGCAGCAGCAACAGCCUACUGACCCCGCCUCCCCCACAGUGGCCACGACCCCUGAGCCCGUCGUCAUCGGAGGAGGAGACAAGACUUCCCCGAGGUCUGCAGACACUGAGCAUGAGUACGAGCAGGACGGUCGUGGUUUUGGCAUUGGCGAGCUGGUUUGGGGAAAGCUGCGAGGGUACUCGUGGUGGCCAGGCCGCAUCGUAUCCUGGUGGAUUACGGGACGGAGCAAAGCUGCUGAGGGAACCAGAUGGGUCAUGUGGUUUGGAGAAGAUAAAUUCUCAGUGAUCUGUGUAGAGAAACUUAUGCCUUUAAGUUCCUUCACUAAUGCCUUUCACCAACCGACUUACAACAAGCAGCCCACGUACAAGAAAGCUAUCUAUGAGGUGCUACAGGCGGCUAGCAGCCGGGCAGGCAAAGCCUUCAAAGCCUGCACUGACAAGGUCGGCAAAGAAAGCUCCAAAUCAGUGGAUAUGCUGAUCAAGGAAAUGAUUGACUGGGCUAUGACAGGAUUUCUGCCCACCGGACCCAAAGGGUUAGAGCCACCAGAGGAGGAGCGUAACCCAUACAAACAGGUGCACCCUGAGAUGUGGGCGGAGCCUGAAGCAGCCGCCUAUGAGCCUCCUCCAGCCAAAAAGCCUCGCAAAAGCACAGCAGAGAAACCCAAGGUCAAGGACAUAGUUGAUGAGAGGACGAGAGAGCGACUUGUUCUUGAAGUGAGACAAAAGUGCCGCAGCAUCGAGGACAUCUGUAUCUCCUGUGGAAGUCUGAAUGUCAGCCGGGAGCACCCGCUGUUUGCUGGAGGAAUGUGCCAGAGCUGUAAGAACUGCUUCCUUGAAUGUGCAUAUCAGUACGACGAUGACGGCUACCAGUCAUACUGCACUAUCUGCUGCGGAGGCCGAGAGGUGCUCAUGUGCGGAAACAACAACUGUUGUCGGUGCUUCUGUGUGGAGUGUGUAGAACUCCUAGUGGGUCAAGGCGCGGCUCACGCAGCCAUCAAAGAGGAUCCGUGGAACUGCUUCAUGUGCGGUCAGAAGAGUGUGUUUGGUCUCUUGUUGCGUCGCGCUGACUGGCCGAGCCGUCUCCAGCGCUUCUUUGCAAAUAAUCACGAUCAAGAUUUUGACACACCAAAGCAUUACCCCCCAGUCAUGGUGGAGAAGAGGAAGCCCAUCCGUGUCCUGUCGCUAUUUGACGGCAUAGCAACAGGGUUACUGGUGCUUAAAGAACUUGGCAUCCAAGUGGACCGCUACAUAGCUUCUGAAGUGUGUGAAGACUCCAUCACUGUGGGUAUCGUCCGGCAUCAGGGUCGCAUCAUGUACGUUGGCGAUGUGAGGAACGUCACGCGCAGACAUAUACAUCAGUGGGGUCCUUUUGACCUAGUUAUUGGUGGAAGUCCAUGCAAUGACCUCUCUAUAGUUAAUCCUGCAAGGAAAGGUCUCUUUGAGGGCACAGGACGCCUCUUCUUUGAGUUCUACCGGCUGCUCCACGAGGCUCGUCCGAAGGAGGGGGAUGACCGGCCUUUCUUCUGGCUCUUUGAAAACGUGGUUGCCAUGGGUGUCAGUGAUAAGAGGGACAUAUCUCGCUUUUUAGAGUGCAACCCAGUGAUGAUCGAUGCCAAGGAGGUGUCGGCUGCCCACCGUGCCCGUUACUUCUGGGGUAACCUUCCUGGCAUGAACAGGCCCUUGUCUGCUAUGUACCAUGACAGGCUGGACCUUCAGGACUGUUUAGAACAUGGAAGAACAGCUAAGUUUGACAAGGUGAGGACCAUCACCACCAGGUCUAAUUCCAUCAAACAGGGCAAAGACCAGCACUUCCCAGUCUUCAUGAAUGAGAAGGAAGACAUUCUGUGGUGCACUGAGAUGGAGAGGGUCUUUGGCUUCCCAGUCCACUAUACGGACGUGUCCAACAUGAGCCGACUGGCGAGGCAGAGGCUCCUGGGCCGAUCAUGGAGCGUUCCGGUUAUCCGCCACCUGUUUGCACCACUCAAAGAUUACUUUGCCUGUGAUUGAGUGACAGAGCAGCGGGGGGUAGACUCACUUGGAACCUUUAGGAACUACAACUGUAUGUUGUGACUAGAAAUAAGAGCCUUGAUCCUCAAAUUAUACUCUUUGUAUAAUUUGAAAGCGAAACGUUGACGUAGAUUUCACAUUAUUUCUUGUAUUUGAAUUGUAAUUCUUAUUCUAUUUAAUUUUGAUAUGUCAUUUUACCUUUUAGCAGUGUUAUCAAGUAUUGUUGAUUUGUUUGUGCAAGCUAUACUUGAGACUAUGCUUUCUUCUCAAGACACUGAGGCAGAGUGGUGCUGAAACUUGUAUUGGAAAAGACCCGAGGGGAUAGGAAGUGGUUUGGGAUUCUGUGAAAUGUUUCUGCUGUGUGAGCUCCCAGCUACUGAGCCUCACAGGUGUGACGAUGAAAGGUGAUGUUUCUUCAGUGUCAGGAGAGCUGUGUCUCUAAGAAUCCAAAACACCAGAUCACAUAUACCUCUUUGUUUACAGUUUCUAUACUCAACUGAAGGUAAUAAUGGUACUACUGUAAUAUGGUUACAACACCAUGGUGCUUUGAGAUGAUUUGAAACAUCAUCGUCCAUGUGGCACUUCAACUUUAGACAAUACUGAACUCUUUAACCUGUUGCUGGAAUAUCUUGUGUUAGAUGUUUUUACACUUACAAAAAUCAGUUUCUUGCUGUUUGGUUUAUUUCUGUAGGAACUGACUGCAAAAUAUUAUCCUCUCUGCAUUUGACAGCUUUUCUACUCUUUCUACUGGUGCUCGUUUAAUCACUCAGCCUUGUUCGUACAGGCCCAAUGCCUGAAUCCGCACAAACAAGAAGUGAAGCAAGCCACAUGGGAUAUGAUGUUUUCUGUCAUUUAUUAGAAAAAAACUUUAGAUCAAUGUCUGUGAAACUAUUUUUUUUUCCUAGUUUCAUCCUGACCAAUGACAUUACUGUACAACUGUUAUAGCAAGCAUGGCGGUGGAGGGAGGGAGGGAGGGAGGGAGGGAGGUUGACCAGGCCGGGUAACUCUGCUCCUUGGCUUCCACCUCUGCAAAACUGUAAAAACUGUCAGGUGCAAAUCUUCAACAAUAUGGUGCGGCUUCACAAAGUUCUUCUACCUUUUAUAGCAAUUUGGUGCUGUUUUAUCAACAUUAUAAAGCACUUUUUUAUAUGUAUACUUUCUUUUUUCUUGAUAUUUUUUAAAAAAGAUAUUGGUUUUUGUGAAUUGUUUUCUCGUUUCGUUUUUAUGAUGUGAAAUGAUCUACCCUCGUGUAAUACUUUUGUAUACAGUAGGGCUGUGCCAAUAGAAGUGAAAGAAUGGAUUUGAGAUGUGAAACCCAUGUUAUUUCAAUGUACAGUAGAUGGAUUGACAUUUAAACCCCCUAAACCCCCUUCCCCUUCUCCAUCAUCCAUACUGUUCUCCGUUUUAAAGCAGCAGUUCAGUCUGUUGCUACCCGGGUUCAAAGAAUGUCUACUUCUAUAAAGAUUGUAAAAUGUGAGGCAGAGUUAGGGAACUAUGUCAUGUGCUCUGUAUAAUAUUUUGUCCCUUGUGAAGGACAUUUCCCUGAAAAUAGUAAUCGUCAUGUUGACAAAUUUAAGUGCUGAUCCAAAUGUGGAUUACAUUCACAAACUAAAUUCUCUUGAUUGUAACCUCUACGCUAAAUAUGGAGGAUUUAGGCUGCGGUUUGUCAAAACGUAAAACUGACUCAGUGUAUGACAAAGACGUCAGCACUCAAAGACUAAAGAGGGUAAUAAAAACAGAUGUUAUCGCUUAUCUUUAUCAUAUUUAAGAUGAAAAUUUGAAAUUUAAUUUCUUAUUGUAAUUACUUUCUUAAGUGACCUUAUUGCCAUCCUUUUGUCCACGCACACUGAGCUCAAUAUGAGCUCUGGUGCUUUGUGAUAUUUUAACCAGAUGCCCCCUCCCCCUUAUAAUACUUAACGUCCCCCAUGUUUGUACAUUCUGUACAUAGAGUUUUCUGGUUGCUGUUUUCAUCUUUUUUUUUUUUUUAUUACGUAUGAGAUGUACAAAUAUAAUUCUUUGCUAAUAUAUAUCAUCAAAUUAGGACACAUUUUAGGUUAAAAAUGAAAAAAAAAAUCAAGUGACAAAUUUGAUUCAAAACUUGCUUUGAGCAUUAGAUGUAGGGAGACUCCAAGUCGACUUUAUCGUACUGAUUUUUUUGUGUCAAGUGAAUCCAGAUUUCGUGUCAUGUGAUCUUAAUAGUGGCCUAUGGACAGCUUUAAGAUGAACAGUCUCAACUUCACUGCACAGCCCUACAAGGUGGUGUUUUGUUUUUUUGUUUUUUGGCUUCCUUUUCUAAGACUUUAAAAAAGAGGGAUUGUAGGUGUUUCCAAUGGUGCUAAACAUUUUAUCGAGUCAAGAAAAAUAUAUUUGAUUGGAAGAGAAAUAAACAAGUCUCGACAUUGACUGUUUAAGUUUAAGUUCCUCCUCGUAGUAAUGGAAAAGAACUAUUAUUUCACUCAUAUAAAUAUAUUAACAAAGGCAUUUUAACUUUGUACUUGAAAAAAUAAGAAUAACAAUUAAUGAAAGGUUUCCUAUAUUGUUUUAGACUAGAGAUUGCUGUAGUUGGUGCAUAUCUGUGGGAAAAUCGUGUGAGAAAAAAAAACGGUAAUAACUUUUACUGUAGCAUAAUGUAUGCUUAAUGCGCAUUGCUUCUUAAUCCUACAUUCCAUGCCGUACUAUUCUCCAUGUCUGUUUUUCAAAAUGUUGUUUUCAAUUGAUGAAUUUGAAUUUUUUUUUUUAUCAGAAACAACAUUUGAUUUUUACUGUUGAAUGCAGGUCAAUGAUUCUAUAUUUGGUGAAACUGUUGGCGCUCUGUGUGACUUUCUUUCUGUCAUAACUGUUUCUGGCCUAUACGCUUUUCCUCAAGACCAGUCCGUACAGCAAAUGUAGCAGUCAUUUUCCACUUUGCCCCCCCCCCCCCAACUCCCCCGCCCUCAUACUUAUGUUUAGUGUCCAGAGAGAAGAUAAAGGCUCCGUAUGUACUUGUGCUGGAGAACACUUGAAUAAAUGUAUUGUUUUUGUGCAA